AUGUUUUCCGACUCGGACUCUGAUUCACGGCAUAUGCUUCCAUCAUACUGCGACCGAUUUGCCCGUUUUCCGAGUCGCAUGUGGACACAUAACUUCUUCCUCCUUUCACCUGCGCAUAAGCCUGUGAUGUACGUAUGUGCGUUCUGCCAUUUGCGGCGGCCGCAUAAAGUUCUCGCUCUUAUAUAUAUCUCAGCCAUUUCACUGAAAAGUCUCACCGUACUUUCAUCCUUGAUGAUAUAGCUACUACGCAUAGACCAGUAUUCAAUCUCACACAGGUUCUGUCUGCUUGCCUCGCAUAUUACCUUCAAUCAUAACCCAGCUGCAUCAUGUCACAUUUCGAGCAACUCCAGCCAGAAUCAUACAUAUUUAGGUUACCUACCGAAAUCUGGCAGGAGUGUUGGAGUUACUCCAGUCGAAAUGAUCUCCAGCGGCUAGUCUCAGUUUGCCGUCUAUUCCGUCAGACGUGUCAAAAGACCCUCUACCGGAAGCUCACAUAUGGGGGAUCAGACCUCUUUGAUCUCAUGUUGAGCUUAUAUGAACCAGAUUCUUGGAGCUUCGAGCGCUUGCUGAAGCGCUUCGAAACAAUGCGCACGGAUCCAGAUGGCGAUGACGUUCGGGCCAUGGUACACGAAUGCCAUUUCGUAGGACUGGAAGACUCGAGGAAUCUACUUAGCAACGAAGCAUUCCAAAUCCAUUACAGAAACCUGCCAAAGGUGCUAGAGACUAUUCAGGCGACAACCAAGGCCUUUGUGUCGUUGCUGUCUGCCCUUCCCAACAUACGCAUUCUUCAUCUCUCAUGGAUAGACCUGGACGAUGAAAUAUGGAACAUCUUGGAGGCAUUACCGAAUUUGGAUGCCCUCGUGCUUAACGAGUGCCAAAUGGCUGGUGGUUCCGAGAGACAUAUGUCUUUGAAGACCUUUAACAUGUCUUCCAGCGGAAUACCAAAUCACUUGCGUCUUUCUACACCCUUGCAAAUCUUGGCGCCUUCUCGUUUGACGGAAUUGACCCUUGAAGACGAAUACUGUACUGGCGCCGUCCUCUCGUCACUCAUUUCCCUGGGCACCUUUCACCAUCUUACACACCUCGCAGUUCAUGUUGAGGAAACCACUGUGGAUAAAUUCCUCACCUUGUUACGCGCAGCUCCUCGCCUCAAAACUCUAAAGAUAUCUGGCUGUCAUAAUAUAUCACGUUACCCGCAUGCGUUGCCUUCUGACGUGGUUCCAUUACUCACGUCAUAUGAUGGUCCCCUCCACCUAGCCCAUCUAUUUACCACCAAUCGUCCCGUCACUGACGUCAAGUUACGACUGUCGAUCCCCCAAGGUCAAAACAGCAUCAACUCCUUAUUCUUAUCAGAUCAAAUAGGCUCCUCGAUGGCCAGUCUUUCUAGAUCCACAAUCGGUGUGAAGUGCCUGGCACUCAGUGGGAUAACAUCUAGUCUCGACUCUCUCGACGCCGUUACUGCCUAUCUUCCAGACUUGCGGGAACUCGAUGUGUCUUUUUCCAGGCUCCCUAGCUUUCCAUUACCCCUAGAUGAAGAGAUCGAGGGAAGAUAUCAGCGGUCGACGAAUGUUGAUGGUCUAAAGAUCGGCUGCGGUGGGCCGUUCUCCAGUAUUCAACAAUGUCUUCCUAAGGAUCAUCCCGUUUCAAUACAGCACCUUGUCUGUUUAAUCGCGGAUGGACACGCUACACUCCCAGCUCAAAUCGAGGUAUUAAGAUUGCGAUGCGAUUUUACAGCACGUCCUGCUGCGGAGGGUGCAGGCGAACGACUUAUUUUAGAGAAACUGUCCGAGUUAUAUCCUCGUGUGAGGGAGGUAUGCGUUGGCACCAAUCUCGUUUGGUAUCGGAUGGGAGAAUCGUGGUCCUCCAGUGCUAUCAGGACCUAGCAUGGAUUGGCAAGUUCAGAGUAAAGUGAUGAUCUUUUAUACCUAGAAGGCACUGGUCGGAAUUCCAAAAUCUGUUCUCUUGUUUAUAGAACUUUUGUAACUUUAGAUUUUUACCUCGUGAAUGCAUAGUGUCACAUCUUCUUUC